AUGGGCUUGCCCCUCCCCACCCCGAAUUUGCACCUGCAUCUCUUGGUGGCUGGCGCCAUCAACAACCCAAUCAUAAGAUAUGUAUUAAAAUUAGUAAAAAAAGGUAUUGAUCCUAAUUUUACAACUGGUAAUGGCGUUUCUCUGUUACAUAAGUGUUGUACAGAAGGGAAUGCCAUCGUAGCAGAAAUCCUGAUUUCACAAGGAGCAGACGUGAACAUCAAGGAUGAUGAUUGGUGGACGCCAUUACACACUGCUUGUCACCUUGACAACACAGAUCUAGUCCAACUCUUACUAAAUAAUGGAGCUGAAGCGUCCAUCUUGGAUGUGGAUGGUAAUUUUCCUAUCGAUCACGCUCCAGCUAAAUCGGAGUCAUAUAACUUACUGGCUACACAUCUCGAGGAAAAAGGACUGGAUAGUAACGAGUUGUCCGAGUUAAGAAUUGCCGCCUCUAGAUACGUCUGCCUUGAAAUCCAGACGUUUAUUGACCAUGGAGUGGACGUCAGCAAGCCAUUGUUUGAUGGAAUUACUUGGUUGCAUAUAGUAUGUGCUAAUGGCUAUAAAAAAGGAUUAAAAUUGUUGCUGGAAAACCAAGCUGAUGUAAAUGCAGUAGACUUGAACGGUUGGACACCUUUACAUGUAGCUGCCAAGUUUAAUCAGCUAAUGGUGGUAAAAAUUUUAUUAAAAUGUAACGCGCGAACAGAUAUUGCUGGUAUCCAUGGUUUCCGACCAGUUGAUGUGGCUGCCACAGAAGAAAUUCAGAGACUUAUAGAUGACCACAGAAAAAGGCGGCAAUGUUCAGAGACAUCUGAAACUGAUUUUGAAGAAAUUGAGGAAGAGGAUGCCUUCCUUUCAAAAACAGUACGCCCACCAGAACUGCCAUUACCAAAAGCUGAAAAGUUCAUGGAAGCUCAGAUUCGAGCUCAGUACCUAGAUGAUGUUCCAACUCGGAAAACUAAAAUGUCUGAACAUGAAUCUGAGAAAGAUUUUGAUCACGUUUCCACCAUUUUGAAAGUUCAUCCUUCAGAAAAGGUAGAUUGGAAUUUUCUGUUUUUAAAUUCUCAUGUUCAUAUUUGUUUUCAUUCAAUUUCUGCUCAGGGAACACUACCCUCUACUGGUCCAUCUGAUGACUUGACACACCUUGCUACCUUAACUGAAAGACACAUUCUAGAGAUUUUACAAGAACGCUAUAAAUACAACAAAAUAUAUACUAAUAUAGGUGAGAUAUUAAUAGCUGUGAACCCUCUACAGACAUUACCGUACUAUUCCAAACAGAUUUGUCAUUUGUAUCAAAAUGCUAAUAUUCUGUGCCGACUGCCACCUCAUAUCUAUUCCAACGCUGAACAUGCCUUACGUGAGAUGCGGGCGUCUGGGCGUUCUCAGUGUUGUGUGAUUGGUGGAGAAAGCGGUUCGGGGAAAACAGAAACGUGUAAAUUUAUCGUUCAACAUCUGAUUGAGGUGUCUAAAUGUCAGGACAUAAAUCUUCUUCACAAAAUACAUCAGAUCAAUCCAUUGCUGGAAGCGUUUGGUAAUGCUCAGACAUUAAUGAACAACAAUUCCAGUCGCUAUGCCAAAUAUCUAGAGCUGAAAUAUUGUCCACAAGGCAAGAAACUACUAGGAGCCUCCCUUAAAGAGUAUCUCUUAGAAAAGUCACGGGUAGUUAACCAUGGCAACCAAGAGUUGAAUUACCAUAUAUUCUAUUGGAUGUUAGCAGGGCUGACUGUAGAGGAGUGUCGUGUCAAUAUGAUAGACAAAAAAAAACCCUACAGAUAUCUGGGUGAGGAUUUCAGUCCACAGAUGACGAUAGAAAACAAACAGAAAUUCUGGGAAGAUAUCAGCAGUCUUGUGACAAUAUUGGCGGCCAUCUUGCACCUUGGUAACAUAACCUUCAUCCCAGUAGAUGAUGGAAGAGCCAAAAUUGACAAUGAAGAAGCCCUGAAAAAAGUAUCCAGUCUACUGUGUAUACCGUCUGAGGACCUGCAAUCAGCUCUUGUAGAAGAUGUUCUAAUUACUCGUGGAGAGCAGACGUUGGUGUAUCUCACUGCACCUCAAGCCAGCACUGGGACGGACGCCCUCGCAAAAUCACUCUAUAGUCGGCUGUUUUCAUGGAUUGUUAAUGGUAUAAACCAAUUUGUACAACCUGAUGAAGAGUCAAGUUUCAGUGAAUUCAGCCUAUCUAUCAGUAUUAUUGAUUUGUUUGGUUUUGAGAAUCUUCAACAGAACAGUUUUGAGCAGAUGUGUAUCAACGUAGCCAAUGAAAAGCUUCAGUUGUAUUUUAAUCAACAAGUAUUUCAACAAGAGUUGGAAGAUUGUAAAGCAGAAGGCAUCAAAACAACAGCUUCACUGUAUUCUUCUAAUGAUACAGUUAUCUCCCUUUUCUUGGAUAAAACCUGUAGUAUUAUGUCUGUCCUAGAUGAAGAAUGUAGUUUUCCUAAAGCUUCUGAUAGAUCUCUGGCAGCUAAAAUCCACCAAGGACCAGGAGAUAAAUAUAAGAAGGUCUAUAAAUCACCUCGUGAUGGUGGACCAAGUUUUAAUGUGUGUCAUUACGCAGGGACUAUAAACUAUAGUCUGGAGGGGGUUUUAGAGAAAAAUAGAGAUAAACUUCGACCGUACGUCACUACCACCAUGAAAUCAAGUACAAAACUGAUAUUCCGAGAAUUGUUCCAGACCACGCUUAGCGCCGUGGGAUCUCUACAAACUAGUGUCAGGCAGUUCUCCAUGAAGAGAAAACCUGAAAAAUCCACAAAGGGACUAACCAAAAUAGUUCACAGAGUUAAAGGAACAAAACCAGCCAAACGGUUGACUAGGAAACCACCGGCAACAAUGGCGUUCCAUUUCCGGAAUUCCUUGAAUGACCUAAUGAUAAAGUUAUCCAGCACCAAACCUCACUUUAUUCGUUGCAUCAGUCCGAAUACUCUCAAGACGCCAGCUGUCUUCAUACCUUCGUAUGUUCAAAUUCAGUUGAAGUACACAGGCAUCUUGGAAACGGUCAAAAUUCGUAAAAACGGUUUCGCAGUUAGAGUCAAAUUUGCAGAUUUUCUUGGAAGAUACAAAUAUCUGCAUGCCUUAAGAAUGUUGGGAAACAAAAAGCCGCUAGUGGAAUCUAUGAUGUGUAAACAAAUUCUAGAAAGAUGGAAAGUCGAAGGCUACCAGAUUGGUAAGACGAAAGUGUUCCUUCAUCCAGGACAUCUGGAGAAGUUAGACUCCAUCAAUAGUCAUUUUGAUAAAAUGGUAGUCAAAGCUCAAGCAGUUAUGCGAGGAUGUUAUGUGCGGAAAAAAAUGCAGCUACGUUAUUCGAAGAGGGAACGAGAUGCAUCACAUAUAGAAAUAUUAUCCUUUCAUGUUAACCGAUUACAAAAACGAGUCUAUCAAUACCAAACGGACCUCAUCAAAUAUGAUUUGGAGAGUGCCAAAUUACAAAGCAAAGACGAAGAACAAGAUGCAUUACAAGCCUUGGACGAUGUUUUUGUGGAUGAGGUAGAAUAUGGGCGUAUCUGGGAACUCAGCUCUUCCAUAGACAAUGCCGAUGAAAUCGAUGAAAAUUUCAAAAGAUACAGUACCUAUUUGACAGCUGUUCAUGAUCCCGCAGAAUUGCCAUUCACGAGAAAUUCUGCCAAUAAUUUGGAACCGAUAACAGAGUCUGGCACAAAUUCUGAAAAUCAGGCGCUCCAAGAACCAAACAUGUAUGAAAGCAUCAAAGACCUAGAUGAAAAUCAGAACCCAAUUCCACCCCCCACAAAACAUAAAUUCGUGACUUCGUAUUACGUCAACCUUCCUAAUCAUGGAAAGUGGUCCAAGAACCGACAGAGUGACGCUUCCAGUAUAAAACCAGAAGACAGCAUCUCCAUUCAAGGUACAAUUUUAGCAUCUUCAACCAUCAGUAAUUAA